UUUCCUUUAGUUCUCUUGUGCUGUCGCCUUGUCUGUACUCUUGAAAGUCACUCGCACCUUCUAUUUGACCUCGCUCUCACACUCAUGAUACUCAGUUUGACGUGAUCUUCAAACCCUUCCGGUUCUUACCACAUGCCUUGCACAUCACAAGGGACCAUCCGUUCGCCGCCAGCCAUCUUCACAGAUAUUUCAACACACCAUCAUUUGGAUGCGGCUUCCUGAUAUCAAAAUGCCAAAUACACUCAAGACCGAUAUCACCAUCCUCAAAGCACUCUUGUCCAUCGUUUUUUUCAUCUGCUUCUGCCAUCUUGUCACCGCCAUUCUCAACCAUCUCCUCACCUUCUGCGUAGCAGCAACAAUCUUUAUCCUCUUCAAUACAUUCCGGCGAGCUCAACGACUACGCCACCCCAACUUCCUAGAUAUUCAACCGCCUCGCAUUCAGAUAUCAGCAGAAAGAGAGGCAGAAUGGCGGGAAAGCCGUCGUGGACAUUUUGAGCAGAGGUUCGAUGCAGAUCGUAUGGCGCAAGCAACUCGUGAUGACGAAUAUCAGCGAGAAAGUGAGAGGCUCUGGCAAGAUGAACAGAGACGUAAGAUUGAAGAGUUUCGUUUGCACCAAAGACAUAUCUGCACUCGGGCGACUACUCAGGUGUUCGAGGAGUGGCGACGAGAUUGCCGGACUCUGUUGCAAACGCCUGAGCUCAUUACAUCCAUGCCUCGACUGCCUCAUUCACCUUGUCCGAACGAUCUUUGUGACACAAGAGCAGCACAGCUGGGGAUUUGCUCACAUCUACUGAAGCUUCUUUACAAGGUAUCGAGGUUGGACGAGAUUGAAAUGAAGGAUGAGUUAAGAUUGUGGCUUCCUAAUGGAGCGAGGGUGAACCAGGUAGGAGAGUCUUGCAGGAAGCAGAUGUUGGGCAUGGCGAAUGAGAUUACACAGGUAUUGCAAGAGAUACUCAAGGACUUGUAAAAGGAGCAUGGCCGUCUACAAAGGUGAUACUCAAGUGAUAGAACAGAUAGCCUGGCUUUGUUCGGCAUCGUUCAUGCAACUUACAACCCUCUGGCGAUUUGAUGACUAGACACUCAUCUCGCUUUUGUUUGGGCAAACAUCUUCCGCCAUUGAACAACGAAGACCAGCACACACACUAUCACAUCGUCAACCCCAUCAAUCCAAAUCUUGGUCUUUCCAAAAUUGCACGACCAGUC